GCGGCUUAAAAAGUGGGCACCAACAGUAUGGCCUCACUCGCAGGCCUCAAUUUAAGGCAUCAGGCCGUCGUGCAUUUAUGAAUUGGUGUGUCCCAAAUGACACAGUCAAUAAUUCUUCACAUCUCUUGGUGCAAGCUUUCUUGCCUCGUCACACUUCCGUCAUUCAGUUUCUCGCGGACGGAGCUCAUCACCAGUUUCACGAUAUCCCUGGAGAGGUGUCAACUUAGCAGCAAGAAUGCCCCAGAAUACCCAAGACGACUCCUCAAAGGCGACUCCGAGCCGGUAUAGCCUGCCAGGCUGGUUCCUGGAGCGUAACGUCAAGACUGUUCUCGACCUCAACGCAACUGAGGCGCAGUUCCCCAUCUGUCAAUGCGAAAUUUGUGUCAAAUCCAAGGACAGUUACGACGACGAUGAAGAAGAGGAGGCUGUAGAAGAGGAAGAAUCAUCCAAGACCAAUCCCAACACAGACUCAACCAAACCGGAUGACCAAGGAUCCACGAACGAGUCCGCCACAGAUUCCCCCGACCCACACGCAACCGCUGAGAAGCAUGAGACCAGCCAAGAAGAUGCUAUUUCCUACGCCAAGUUCUCAGAGCUACGUGACGCGGUGGCGACGAACAUGCUCUGGCGGCGUAUGCGACCUCAGGACGGGACUGUUCUUUUCAAACGCUGCUCCGUGGCUCCCGUGACCCAUUGUGAUGCUUGCAUUAUGGAGCCAGUGUUGAUGAAUGACGUCGUCACCCAAGUUGCAAAGUCAUUGAGUAUGGGUUUGAUCAGCCUCAACUACGAAGACUUGGAGCGACUAGGUAACGAGUUCCACACCCAAGACAAGGAGCACUUGGUUGCCGAGAAGGAGUCUGAUAAGAAGUCGAAGGAGGCUGCAUCAACAACAGACACCGGCGCUGGUGACAGUAAAGAAUCCGAGGACAGUGGUGCGCAGAAAGACACCAAAAAUGAGGCCGCAGAAGAGCCCAAGGAGGAGGUCAAGAAUGAGACCACAGAAGAGUCCGAGGAGGAGACCAACCAGGAUUCUAAGGAGUCUCCGAAGAACGAAUCCAAGGAGGACUCCAAAGAGUGUCCCACGGAGGAGAAGAAGGAAGGGACCAAGGGAGAAUCCAAGGACGAGGCCAAAGAGGAGGGCAAGGUGGAGACCACCCCAAGCAUGACAGCACCAAAAGAGCCCAUCAAAGACGACUGGAAGCCGGACUGGUCGGAUGGAGCGACAUUCACGGAGCACUACUUCGCGGCACGUGGCAAGAAGUGGCAGGACGAAGAGAAAUUCUCAUAUUCGGCAUGGCGAGAGCGCGCGAAGCAAUCAUAUGCCGCGGUUCUUGGUGGCGUCUCAGCCAAGUCAUCCCAGGCAAGCAAGCUAAAGGAUGACCCGGCGGCCAAAGGAGACGUAGCUCCUGCUCAACGAGGCCUUCUAAUACACGUCGUCGACUGUGACUACAGCAACAAGGUCUUUGACUACCGGAAGAACAGGAGAGUGCUUGUCAGACUCGGCGAACUGGUGCAGGAGAGGCGAAAAAACGGGGAAGAUAUCACGCUCGUGAUCUCGACUAGAAAUCUCGACGUCGGGUUCAAGCGGUGCCGGAAGCUGUGUGUGUCCGACCUCUCGACAGUCACGCUCUCUGUUGUCAACCCUUCGAAAAAGGGUUCCGAGGCUCGUGCUCUCCGGCGAAAGGGCGAAGUCAAUACUGGGCGUCUCUCCCGGGUACUAGGGGCGCUCAUGGCCGAUGGUGAUAACGCCCGCCUUGAGGUUGAAUGGAUGAAAAAUUCAACAGAAGAUGAAUUCGCGCGAUAUGGGCAAGAUGUGUGGGCUUUCGAUGAUGUCCAUCGUGCCGCCGGACAAGUCCUCACCCGGGCUUGGAACAAGUCGCAUCCAGUCAUCACAUCGAAGCAUGUGGAUGUUGCGCUGAGAAAGCUUAGUCUGCUCAAGAGUAAAAAGGAUUCCUCCGACACAGCGAAGUCUGGAGAAAGUGAGACACAAAGUGAAGAGGUCGAAAAAGAUCCACUAGAAGGCCAAUUCCUGGAUGAUUAUGAGGAGAAGUUCCGAGACUGUGUCGUCAAACCAAAGGACCUCAGGGUCUCAUGGGACGAUGUCAUCCUCGACCAGGACACAAAGGAGGUGAUCCAGAACCUGGUACCUUCAUCCAAGAUCGAUGUAGAAGCCUCAUCCGAGUUCCUCCUCGCGCAGCUGCGCAUCAAGGGAUGCUUGCUUUACGGGCCCCCGGGAACAGGAAAGACACAUCUCUGCCGCGCCAUCGCCGCCUCCUCGGGAUCCCGCAUGCUAUCUAUUGACUAUGCAGCAACACAAUCAAUGUGGGUGGGCGAGACCGAAAAGUACAUUCGAGGCGCCUUCUCUCUUGCGAAAAGGCUGAGUCCCUGCGUCCUCUUCAUUGAUGAGGCCGACGCCCUUUUCUACCGCCGCGGCUCUGGCGACAAAAGCUGGGAGCGCGGUGCUACGACUCAGUUUCUGAACGAGAUGGAAGGCCUCUCUACCAGCCCAGAUUCGCCCUUGGUUGUCGUCGCAACCAACCGCCCAUGGGACCUAGACGAAGCCUUUCUCCGCCGCCUCCCGCAAAAGUUUUAUGUCGGCCUGCCCGAUCAGGACGCCCGCGCCGCCAUCCUGCGCAUCUUCCUUAAGGAUGACGACCUCGACCCAGCCGUUGAUAUCGAGGGCAUAGCGGCUGCGACCCAAAAGUUCUCGGGUUCGGACCUGCGAAGCCUCUGCGCUGAGGCCGCUCUCAUCUGGAAGAUGGAACAGGGCCGGAUCGACGCACUCUGUGGCGGCGUCUCCCCGGCCUUUCAAAAGGCACGCAAGAUGCCCAAGAGGCUGCGCCUGGACGUGGACCACUUCUCCGCCGCGUUCGAGAAGAUGAUGCCCAGCAACUCCAGGGAACAAUCCGAAGAGCUCGAGAAAUUUCACAGACGUUACAACCCUGUACAGAGCGAGCUGGGCCAGGGCAAUGGCGGGAAACGGUAUGUCUACAACAAAGAAACAAGGCGGAACGAGGCGUGCAGUGUGCGCGAAGUGAUCUCGCGGGUGGUGCCGCCUGUGGAGGAGACUACGCCCGCCAACAUGCAGCUUGUUGUCUGGCAAGAUCCGGACUCAUUGGUCUGCCCGCUGAGGGGGGCAAAUGGAGAGGCGAGCAAGCCGCCCUCAAUCACCAUUUGCGAGAAGUUCAAGGCACUCAUCGAAGCUACGUUUGGCGUUUCACCACCCACUGACCAGGGCAGCGAGACAUCGAUACCCAAAGCUCAGAGUGCCAUCGUCAAGGGGAGAGAGAUUGUCUCCAAAAUCAAUGCUGCCCAGAUGGCCGAAGGCAAGGCCACCAUCCCACCAGAGCCCGAGGUCCAGACGGAGAACAAGGUGGCUUCUUCUCUUUUCGUCCCGGAUUGUGGGGUUGAAAGCAGCGAGGUGGUAGAAAAAGGUGGUGCUGGUGAGCAACAGGAGGAAAGUGAGACCAACACCUCAGAUCCUAAGGUCCAGACAAACGCCCAAAUCAGUGACGCAGCCUCUUCGUCUUCAUUGGUUUCGCCCCCAGUCACACCACCCUCAGCCGCUACUUGUGAGGUUCGAGCUGGUGAGCACGCGAAGACGGAUGAGGCCUGCCAAUCAGUGACCAACCUCGAGGCGAGCGCCAAGACAGGGGACGCAGUCUCCACAUCGUCGGCCCCUUCUCGUGAGGAGGUGAAUACCAGCGAUCUGGUCACCCAACGCAGUGUUGACGAGCAGACGGUGAGCAAUGAGAGCAGCGAAGAGGAUGUUGGUACACAGAUUGUGGAGGGUGUGCAAUACUCAGACUUCGACAUCGAGAAGGCCCAUGCCACCCCCGAUCGCCAGGAGAUUAGUCUCGAGGAUACCCCGCCAUCAACACCUGGCAGGACAACAGCAACCGAGAGGACAACGACUGAGUCAGAAGGCCCGGAGCUGUUAGGAAUUGGGCCGGAAGUCACUGAACCGCAUAGCCUGAAAACGGGAGCUGACGUAGACUUGUUACCUUUACUGGUCACUCUGGCAUCGAUGUUUUGGUACCAAGCACCCGGAGGGUUCCCAAGGUCCUAAAGUGGAUGAUUUCUUGUUCCACAUAAGGUACUAGUUUUCAUAAUAAAUGAUAUAGCGCCAGGUAGAUAUAUCUAAUUCUAUUCUUUACUCUA